UGGGAAAUUAUUAGUAUUAUCAGGCAUUUCAUUUCUUGGUGGCGUGGAGAGUUCUCUCUGAGUAGACUGGAUUUUCCUGCUGCUGGCUUUGAUUUGAUUCGCUCUCUGUACUUCCAAUUAGGAUAUACUCCUCCUAGUAAACAAUGAGUGUUGGGAAUCUUAGCGCGAUUUCAUGUUGGGUUCAGACCCUUCCCAUGGUUUCACUACCCAGUCCCAGUAUGAGGAGGAGAUCCGGAUCCAAUUUGCCACUUUCUCUCUCCUCUCACAAUCCAAAUCCAAAACCAUCACGACCCAUUUCUUGUUCUCCUUUAUCCACCUCUGCAAUUCUCACCAAACAACAAGAAGAAAACACUGUCAAAGACCCACAAUUCAAUUUCAAGGAGUACAUGGUCCGAAAAGCCAAUUCGGUGAACCAAUCCCUGGACGCCGCCGUCCCGCUCAGAGACCCCAUCAAGAUCCACGAGUCCAUGCGCUACUCCCUCCUCGCCGGCGGCAAGCGCGUCCGCCCCAUCCUCUGCAUCGCCGCCUGCGAGCUCGUCGGCGGCCUCGAGUCCACGGCGAUGGCGGCGGCCUGCGCCGUGGAGAUGAUCCACACCAUGUCCCUAAUGCACGACGACCUGCCCUGCAUGGACAACGACGACCUCCGCCGCGGCAAGCCCACCAACCACAAGGUCUUCGGCGAGGACGUCACCGUUUUGGCAGGCGACGCCCUCCUCGCCUUCGCCUUCGAGCGCAUCGCCACGAUAGCUGCUGCUGCUGGUGAUGAUGGUGUUUCCUCCAGCCAGAUCGUCCGCGUUAUCGGGGAGUUAGCCAAGACGAUCGGAGCGGAGGGGUUAGUUGGAGGUCAAGUAGUGGAUAUUAGUUCCGAAGGAAUGAUAUCUGAAAAUGUGGGGUUAGAGCACUUGGAAUUCAUUCACCGCCACAAGACGGCGGCGUUGCUGGAGGGGGCGGUGGUGGCGGGGGCGAUCCUGGGAGGCGGAUCGGACGAGGAGGUGGAGAAGCUGAGGAAGUUCGCGACGUGUAUCGGGCUGUUGUUUCAGGUAGUGGAUGAUAUACUGGACGUGACGAAAUCGUCGGAUGAGUUGGGGAAAACGGCGGGGAAAGACUUGGUGGCGGAUAAGGUCACGUAUCCGAAGCUGAUCGGGAUUGAGAAAUCCAGAGAUUUUGCGGAGGAAUUGAAUAGGGAGGCCAAGGAUCAGCUUUCUGGGUUUGAUGAACACAAGGCGGCUCCCUUGAUUGCUCUCGCGAACUACAUUGCAUAUAGGGGAAAUUAGUCCCCAAAUCAAUCAACGAUAGUACUGUACUAUCCUCUUCUGUUCUGUUAGUCUAUUUAGUUUAGCGGAAACGCGUAAGUUAGCUUCAGCGAAAGCGUAUGGGUCACAGCUGCUUUAUUAGUAUCUCAGUGCUUCGAUUGUCAGUUUUUCAAUUCAUGGAUAGAUAGAUAGAUAGAUGUGAUAUGAAGUCGAUUCAUUUUCAUAUUGAAUGAAUCAGGUAACAUUGGGUGGUGGUGGCGGUGGUGGAUUCCUUUUUUUAGGCGCGUUGGAUUGAGAAUGUAUUAUUGUUGGAACCAUGAAUUUGCUUCUUAAUUUGUUGGAGUAGUAACAAUUUGAUUUGAAAA